AUGGCGGAGACAGAAACAGGUCGAGCCAAGCUUUUCUCGGCCCGUCACUUCAUGGGCUUGGGGCUCCGGUAUGCGAGAUUUCACAACUGGAAACGAUAUAAGCCAAAACAAUGCAUUCAUCGAUUCAAGCAGCAAUUUGGCAUGAAGCCCCAAACAGUCGAGGAUGUAUGGAAAGCCCUGAGAGACAGUGACGAUCCCGUCGUGAGGCUUCCGAAAACGGCAAAACCCAAACAUUUGCUCAUUGCCAUUCGUCAUUUAUUCAAAUACCAUACAGAAGCUGAUCUUGCUACGUUCUUCAACAUCAAAACGGAGAAGACAGUGAGACGAUGGGCAAGACAAUACCUCAAGAGAAUUGCCCACUACCUACCAGUUUUGAUGGGGUCUAUACACGACAAUCAUGAUGGGCUCAUCUUUUUCAUGUCAAUUGAUGGGAUACAUUGUCCAAUUGAGGAGCCAAGGCCUUUCUCAAAGAAAUGGAGCAGCCACAAAUUUGGAGGCAAACCGGCGUUGAAUUAUGAAUUUGGCAUGCUAAUCCACAAGCCACAGCUUGGUUGGGUUCACGGUCCCACCCCACCUGGCAAGAUGAAUGAUCUUGUGGUGUUUCGGAGCAAGCUCAAGGCUGAGCUCCCUGCUGGUCGGCGAUUGAUUGCUGAUGGUAUAUAUGCGUCAGAAACUGAUUAUAUCAGCACCAAGAACGAUCUUGAUCCCAAACCCAUCUCCAAAUUCAAAGAUAGGGUGCUCUCGCGACAUGAAAAUUUCAAUCAACGGGUCAAGUGCUUUGGAAUCAUGAAGCAAAAGUUUCGACAUCGAGGGAUGGGGGAGGAUUGGCUUGAGCAGCAUCGUCUAGCGACGCAUGCCGUCUGCUGCCUCGUCCAGUUCCAACUCAACAAUGGCACACAGCGACUCCUCGACCCAUACCCUUAG